CGAAAUCUGUUGUUGGGCAAUUCAAUUACUCCGCCAGUUUAAAAGGACAUACGUGUGCCUCGUAAAAUUCCCGUAUUGCCACUUGGUGAGUGCACGCGAGCUGCGUGCCUCGUUAUAGAUCGUUCGUACGAGACGAUGAUACGUGGACGUGACACGUGUAGAUGUGAUACUGGACGGUGCUGAUUCUUCCAUCUCUCUCUGCUCUUCAGAUUUAUCGUCCUCGGUGAGGACGAAACGUGCAACUGGACGACGAGAAUCUGCAGCAUCAUGUCUUCUAGAAGAAGCAAAGGCGGUCUCCUGGCUAGGGUGAAUUUUCCUCUCUAUACCGUGCAAAUGAUAACCAACAGGCACAUCCUGGUAGGAGGCGGAGGCGGUUCCUCCAAGACCGGAGUUGCUAAUGGAUUUGAAAUUUUUGAAUUAUCGCACAAUGGGACAUAUUUUGUUGCCGAAGAAGUAACUAGGCACGAAACAGGUCCCAACGUCGUCAUGAAUUGUGCUUCGUAUAGGAGUAAAAGUAAGACAUGGAUUGUUGCUGGUCAGGAAAGUCACUGUCAAUUGUAUAAUUCUAAGUUAAUUUCGGAGAAUGAAGAAUUCAUCAAAGGACCAACAGCGCAUAAUCUUAGAUGCAGAAAAAAUAGCGAAAAAGCUAAAGAAUCUCAAUUACAGCAGGAGAAGAUAGAGGAAAUUAAAAACAACAAUUUCAAGAGCAAGAAAUUGCAAUUAGUCCUGGAACCUGCCGACAGCAUACAAACAACUUUUGGGAAUGAAGAACCUUUACAAAGAGUUGUUAGAGUGAGCCCUUGCGGAAGUAUUAUGGCUACAGGUGGCACAGAUGGUAAAGUUAGAUUAUGGAAAUUUCCACAACUGGAGAAGCUGUACGAUUUUGAUGGACAUGGGGACGAUUAUAUAGAUGAUAUAGAUUUCAAUCCAAAUGGCAGUCUCUUAGUGAGCAUCGCCAAAGGAAAGGCCUUUGUGUGGGACAUAAAAAGCAAAAAGAGCACAGAACUUAGUUGGAAGCCACCGGAUGGCAUAAAGUACAUGUACAAAAAAUGUCGAUUCAGGGGAUUGACAGAGGAGGUGAAGAAUGAUCUAUUUAUGCUUACUAAUGCCACGACGCCCAAGAAGAAUCCUAGUUUCCUUCAGUUGUGGGACAUUAAUAAUGGUGUAAUAACCAAGUCGGUUCCUUAUAAGGAAACGUUAUCAGCUUUAGCUGUUUCUAGUGAUGGUAAAUUUGUGGCCGUUGGCACAAUGACCUCGGGUAGCGUCGACAUAUUCGUGGCGUUCAGUUUGAGAAAAGCUCUCCACGUUCCUGGAGCGCACAGGAUGUUUGUAACUGGUCUGGAAUUUCUUCCAACGGACGAUGAACUGAACGGUGUUGCGAUCACUAGUAACACGGAGACUGCGGUCGUUAGUAUCUCUGUAGACAACAGGAUCUGUAUACACAGCAUACCAUUCAGACAUACACUGCCAUUUUGGUUCGUCAUCUUGCUAAUAGUCUUGUGCAUAUGCGGCGCAUUCAUUUUCUGCAGUUACCUUGGUAUAUGACCUGAAAUGCGCGACCGAGACGAUAAAGCCAGACGUCAUAUUCUUUUAAUUAUCAUAUUAGAUCGAUUAUUGGCCGUGCGUACGAAAAAUUGAAAAUGAAUAACAGCUUGAAGUUAAACGCACGAUUUGUACGAGUAUGUAAAACGGUGAGUGCUCAAAAAUCUUACGUACAUAAGCGAUAUGUAGAACUAAAAGCAGGCGUAAGUCAACACAAUACGAUAUAAUUAAGUGAAAUUCUGAGUGCAUUAAAUUAAAUGAAAUUAAAUAAUAAUUAUAAUUGAAUAAAUUAUAAUUAAAUGAAAUUCUGAGUAACUAUGGAUGUGCGGAACAUUAAUAAUAGGAAUAUUCUCGGAUCGUUUAGCAAUCAGAAUUCGCGUUUAAUUACCGAACAAUAGUUGUAUUUGUUACUAUACACAAGAUAGAUUUUCAGGAAAUGCGAUUUAGAUAUGAACGUGACGUCAGUCGAGGUGCUACUGUGAUAAACAAACCAUGUUAGAGUGCUUACAACAGAUUAGAACCGCACUAAUUAGCAUAUUGAUGUACAUAUAGAUUACAUUUUAUCACUUUUUAAUUGCGCAAAAACAAGGAUUUAAUAUGUGUCACAUAGCGAUUGUCUUUCUUUCGUGUGCGUAUAUAUUUAAAU